ACAGCAGACUAGUAAUAACAUAGGAAAAAUAACAAUGAAAUACUAUUACUUGUGGUUGUGCUGUACUAUAAAUGCAUUGUUGCUAGUAGGUUUGAGCUCCGCCUCUGCAGCAGGACAAUGUGGAAGAGAUGCUGGCGGUGCUGUGUGCGCUAAGGGCUUUUGUUGUAGUAAUUGGGGGUACUGUGGUCAAUCCGACGCCUACUGUGCCCCUGGUAACUGUCAAAGUCAAUGUCCAACUCCUUCUCCACCGCCGCCACCAUCACCAUCGCCGCCGCCACCAUCACCACCACCGCCGCCACCUCGUCCCUUCACGCCACCUCCUCCAGUUUCUCCUCACGAUGUUAGUAACAUCAUUACUCCAUCACUUUUUGAGGAGAUGCUUACCUAUCGAAACGACCCUCGAUGCCAAAGCAAUGGCUUCUACACCUACGACGCCUUCAUAACCGCCGCUAGAUAUUUUCCUGGCUUUGGAACUACUGGCACUCUUGAAACUCGCACAAGAGAGCUCGCCGCGUUCUUUGGCCAAACUUCUCACGAGACCACUGGUGGAUGGGCAACCGCAGAAGGCGGACCAUAUGCCUGGGGAUAUUGCUUCAUUAGCGAAGUAGGGCAGACUGCUUCCUAUUGUACACCUAGCCUGGAAUGGCCAUGUGUUCCUGGCCAAUUAUACUAUGGUCGUGGACCCAUCCAGAUCAGUUACAACUACAAUUACGGACCAGCUGGUCAAGUACUUGGAUUGAACCUGUUAAGCAACCCAAAUCUAGUCGCAACAAAUGCAGUUGUUUCAUUCCAGACCGCUCUAUGGUUUUGGAUGACUCCACAGUACAACAAACCAUCUUGCCAUGCCGUUAUUGUGGGCGAGUGGACACCAACACCGGCUGAUGUGGCAGCCAAUCGACUUCCGGGCUAUGGUGUGAUCACUAACAUAAUCAACGGAGGGCUCGAAUGCGGCCAUGGUGAAGAUAACAGGGUCAAAAGUAGGAUUGGCUUCUUCGAAAGGUAUUGCGGUAUACUAGGAGUAAGCAUUGGGGACAACGUGAACUGUUACAAUCAACGCUCUUUUGGCGUUGGUCUCAUGAAUUCAACACCUUAUGGAGUUCUCAAAAUGUCUGUCGACGAAUAGACAUAAUAUUAUUUGAACGUCCAAGAGUGUAUAAUAUUAUAUGUAAUGGGUUGUAGACGUACGUACUAUCCACAGUUUGCUGGCUUAUACAUCAUUCUACGUACCUUAAUAAGUUGAUAUAAUAUAAUAAGCAACUCAACUUUGUGUGUUAUCCAA